AUGGCAAAUUUUUACUACAAAGAGUUUUUUGCGGAUGGCGAUGAUUCCACCGAUGAGGAGGUUGAGCAAGAGGCGGUUACGAGUGCUUGUCAACUAGCGGUGAGAUAUGUGAAGCAUUGUAUUAUUGAUGUGUAUGGUGCGCGUUAUCUUAGAACGCCCACAUGGGACGACCUUCAAAAGAUCUACGAGGUACAUUCGACGGAGCAUGGUUUGCCUGUUAUGAUCGGGAGCAUAGAUUGCAUGCAUUGGCGUUGGGAUAACUACCCGACCGCAUGGCGAGGCCAACACACACGGGGUGACCAAAAAGGACCCACUAUUAUUCUUCAGGCGGUUGUUUCACAGGACCUUUGGGUUUGGUCGGCUUACUUUGGCGUGGUUGGGUCAUGCAAUGAUAUCAAUGAUUUUGAACAAUCUCCGUUGUUAGAGAAGUGGAUUUCUGGCAAAGCUUCAAAAGCGUCGUUUUACGCAAAUAGAAACUACUACCCUCAUGGAUAUUAUUUGAGCGACGGAAUUUAUCCUAGGAGAAAAAAAGGGUGA